AUGUUGUCCAUCACUCCCCAGGACCUCCAGCCCCAGCCCUACUACUAUCUCCCCUUCCGCUCCGUGUCGCUGUCGCACCGGCAGCCACAGCCUGAGAUUCCCUUCUUCACCUUUACGAGCAUGGGAAGCCCGCCCUUCGACACAAUGACCGCCGCCGCCGCCGCGGCUGCUGCUGCUGCCGCCUCAGCCAGAUCCGCGCAGGACGCCAGUGUCGCCCAGGCGCUCGAAAUUGCGCGCGAGAGCCCCGACGGCUCGUCCGACCCAACCAUCAGCAAGAUCCUCGAAGGCGCGCUGGCCCAGAUCUGGGGCAAAGUCCAGGCCCAGCCCAACUCGUAUGUCAUGACGCGCGACGAGUUUGCCGUUUUCAACUUCUUCCAACACCGGUUCACCGGUGAUAAGACGGCGGUGAGCGCCCGGAAACGAUACUGGGACAACGCCCGAGCUUGA